ACUCACUAGGGUUCCACCGCCCCCGACUUCUCGAGAGAGGCUCCCUCGAGAACCUUCCCCCCCACCCGGUCCGAGACGCCACAACGCCACCAUAUCCGUUCCCUUCCCCGACCCCUCUCGCCGUCGCCGCCGGCUCCAGCACGCCGGCUCCGUCCGGAUCCAGCAGAUAUGCCUCGCUAUGAUGAUCGCUAUGGAAGCACUCGCUUGUAUGUUGGCAGAUUAGCCUCCCGCACUCGUUCCCGUGACCUAGAAUAUCUGUUCAGCAGAUAUGGAAGAAUACGAGAAGUGGAGUUGAAGCGCGACUAUGCGUUUAUUGAGUUCAGUGAUCCUCGUGAUGCUGAUGAUGCGCGAUACAACCUAGAUGGCAAGGAUGUUGAUGGGAGCCACAUUAUUGUUGAGUUUGCUAAAGGGGUUCCACGUGGACCAGGUGGUUCCCGUGAAUAUAUGGGAAGAGGCCCUCCACCAGGGACAGGUCGUUGCUUCAACUGUGGAAUUGAUGGUCACUGGGCAAGGGACUGUAAGGCUGGUGACUGGAAAAACAAAUGCUACCGAUGUGGAGAAAGGGGCCAUAUAGAAAGAAAUUGCCAGAACAGCCCUAGGAGUGUCAGGCGUGAGAGAAGCUACUCACGCUCCCCAUCCCCACGCCGAGGACGAGGACGGGGCCGCAGUCGGAGCUACAGUAGAAGCCGGAGCCGGAGCCGGAGCUAUAGCCGGUCAAGAUCCCUAUCUGGAUCUCCUAGGAGAGGUCAUCGUGACCUUGAGAGAUCAAGGAGCCUUAGCUACAGCAGGAGCCCCAUGCAAUCUGCCUCCCCACCAGCAAAGGAGCGCAGCCGCACGCCUGAUGGAAGCAGGAGUCCCAGGAGCCCCAGCCCCCGGGGUGAGGUGAGCCCACCUCCAAAAGAUAAUGGUGAGCGCAAUGGCCCAGACCGUGGUGGCAGCCCUGGAAUGAUGGAGAAGGAGAACAGCAGGAGCAGGAGCCGGAGCCCAUCUGAUGGGAACCGGAGCCCUGCAGCCAAUGGGCGGAGCCCAAGUCCUAGGGGUGACCCUAGCCCAAGCCCUAGGGGUGACCGCAGCCCAAGCCCUAGGGGCGACCGCAGCCCAAGUCCGAAGGGCAAUGGUAACAACGAUGAUGAUGACCGUGGCGCUUCACCCAGAGGAAGCAAGUCCCCCUGAAAAACUCCCAUCCCAUCUUUUGAUGCUUCAUUACAUAAUGGGCAGACUUCAUGGUAGUAGCUAUAUUGUGAGUUCGAAGACUUGAUAAGUGUAUUUUGCUCCUUUAUUAAAGCAGGACUUGCUUUCUUGUGCCUUCGAGCUAGAAACCUGUAAGGAUUUGUUGCCCUCGGGCUGUGGUUGGUGUGUUUGGGAGAUAAUUGAACGCCUUAUUAUCCUGCGCAAUCUGAAUAAGUGAAUGGUUUACAUGUUUUGUUGUUGA